CAAAGCUACUUCUUGAGGAGUGUGCUGCUCUGUUCCAGAACUUUAUUCAGUUUGUAUGCAGGACAGGACCGUGUUAUAUUCAACUGAAGUUUUUCUUUUUGGUACUCCACUUUUUUAAAAGAGGAGAAUAGACCCUACAUUAUUAAUUGUUAUUGUCUAUGAAAUACAUAUUAGGCUACUGGGGAUUUUAAUUUGCAUUUUAGAACGAGGUGCAACUUCCACUGACGAAGAUCACUGACUUGCACAGGGGAGACACCGAAAGGUAAUAUUCAAUUUAACAAGUCUGGUUAUCGGCACCAUACCAAUUAUUAUACACUUAAUAUGAUUAGGCUACCAUUCUUACACGAACACUUUGCGUACUAACGUUGUAAUACAUUUAUAAUAACUUAGCAUUGUUUUACCUAGUCGCAAUAGAUGAACUUUCAACUUCAAAGGUCCUCAAUCUGCUUACUCUUUCUGAGCGAUUGAUCGAUACAUCGACAGGGCUACCCAAGUCAUACAAUAACAGGUGACGGCUGAUUCUGUCAAUAUAUGUCUUGAUUCCAAUCAUGUAAUGAAAAUAAUCAACCCACAUAUAUUUUUUAACUGAAGGGAGAUUUUGGGCUGUCAAAAAGCCUACACACGUGCACGGCUGAGCGUCUAGAGACAGGUGUCCACGGCGGAGGCGGUUUUCCGUUUGUUGCUGACGAAGCAAUACAUCUCAAUUGUCAAACGUAUAGAAUUAAAAUAUAUUGACUGAAUGUAAUAACUUGUAUACUUAGGCUGCUAAUCGCUCUAAAGCUUAGUCUAAACAACUAUUUCGUAUUUAUUUAUUUAUUUGAAUAGCCUAGUCUACCACAUAGGACUUUUAAUUCAGCAUAUAGUUUUCACAAUUUUUCCAUAGAAAAUACUAUUAAAAACAGACAUAUCAUCUCUCCUAGUCUUAUGUAAAAAAAAGUAUUUGCAUUGUAAUAGGUUUCCCAAUUAUUGAAGUGUCAAUUAUGAAGGAAAAUGUAGCCUAAGCGCAUGCCAUUUUUUGUUGACUUAUUAUAAACAUGUCUUGUGUGAUUAUUAUUACAUUAUAUGUAGAGAAAAGUGGCAAUCAUAUACAAGACAUUUGCAAAAAUGUUGACAUCUGUAUGCUAGUUCACAGUAGAAAAUGUUUCGCUUAGUCUGUCCUCAAGUUUGGGCUUAAUGCGUUUUAUUUUUACACCUGAACUAUGAGGACAUUGUCCUCUUCUGAGUCAUACAGUGCCCUCAGAAAGUAUUCAUAACCCUUGACUUAUUCCAAAUUUUGUUGUGUUACAGCCUGAAUUCAAAAUGGGUUAUAAAUUGAUUGUUUGUUCUCACCCAUCUACACACAAUACCCUAUAAUGACAAAGUGAAAACAUAUUUGUAGGAAUUUUUGCACAUUUAUUGAAAAUUAAAUACAAAAAUAUCUCACUUAUAUAACUAUUCACACCCCUGAGUCAAUACAUGUUAGAAUCACCUUUGGAAGCGAUUACAGCUGUGAGUCUUUCUAGGUAAGUCUCUAAGAGCUUUGCAUACCUGGAUUGUACAAUAUUUGCACAUUAUUCUUUUUAAAAUUCUUCAAGCUCUGUCAAGUUGGUUGUUGAUGAUUGCUAGACAGCCAUUUUCAAGUCUUGCCAUAGAUCUUCAAGCAGAUUUAACUCAAAACUGUAACAAGGCCACUCAGGAACAUCCAACGUUGUCUUGGUAAGCUACUCCAGUGUAUAUUUGGCCUUGUGUUUUAGGUUAUUGUCCUGCUGAAAGGUGAAUUUGUCUCGCAGUGUCUAUUGGAAAGCACACUGAACCAGGUUUUCCUCUAGGAUUUGGCUGUGCUUAGCUCUAUUACGUUUCUUUUUAUCCCCCCUAGAAAACUCCCUAUAACAUGAUGCAGCCACCACUAUGCUUGAAAAUAUGAAGAGUGGUACUCAGUGAAUUUGCCCGAAUCAUAACACUUUGUAUUCAGGACAUGAAGUUCAUUUCUUUGCCACAUUUUUUUCUUACAGUUUUACUUUAGUGCCUUAUUGAAAACAGGAUGAAUGUUUUGGAAUAUUUUUAUUCUGUACAGGCUUACUUCUUUUCACUCUGUCAUUUAGGUUAGUAUUAUGGAAAGAUGCCUGUAAAUCAAAUCAAAUCAAAUUUUAUUUGUCACAUACACGUGUUUAGCAGAUGUUAUUGCGGGUGUAGCGAAAUGCUUGUGCUUCUAGCUAUGACAGUACAGUAAUAUCUAACAAGUAAUAUUUAACAAUUUCACAACAUAUACCCACUACACACAAAUCUAGUAAGGAAUGGAAUUUAAGAAUAUAUACAUAUAUGGACAAGCAAUGACAGAGCGGCAUGGAUUAAGAUACAGUAGAUAAUUAUAGAAUAGAAUACAGUAUAUGCAUAUGAGAUGAGUUGUGUAAGAUAUGUAAACAUUAUUAAAGUGACUAAUGUUCAAUUUCUUAAAGUGGCCAGUGAUUUCAAUAGGCAGCAGCAUCCUCUAAUGUGCUAGUGAUGGAUAUUUAACAGUCUGAUGGCCUUGAGAUAGAAGCUGUUUUUCAUUCUCUCAGUCCAAGCUUUGAUGCACCUGUACUGACCUCGCCUUCUGGUUGAUAGCGGGGUGAACAGGCAGUGGCUCAGGUGGUUGAUGUCCUUGAUGAUCUUUUUGGCCUUCCUGUGACAUCGGGUGCUGUAGGUGUCUUGGAGGGCGGGUAGUUUGCCCCCGGUAAUGCGUUCGGCAGACUGCACCACCCUCUGGAGAGCCCUGCGGUUGCAGGCAGUGCAGUUGCCGUACCAGGCGGUGAUACAGCCCGACAGGAUGCUCUCAAUUGUGCAUCUGUAAAAGUUUGUGAGGGUCUUAGGGGCCAAGCCAAAUUUCUUCAGCCUCCUGAGGUUGAAGAGGCUCUGUUGCGCCUUCUUCACCACGCUGUCUGCGUGGGUGGACCAUUUCAGUUUGUCAGUGAUGUGUACGCCAAGGAACUUGAAGCUUUCCACCUUCUCCACUGCGGUCCCGUCGAUGUGGAUAGGGGGGUGCACCCUCUGCUGUUUCCUGAAGUCCACGAUCAUCUCCUUUGUUUUUUUGACGUUGAGUGAGAGGUUAUUUUCCUGGCACCACACUCCCAGAGCCCUCACCUCCUCCCUGUAGGUGGUCUCGUCAUUGUUGGUAAUCAAGCUUACUGCUGUUGUGUAGGCUUGAUUACCAAUAAUGACAAGACCGCCUAUCUUUGUAGUGACUGGGUGUAUGGAUACACCAUCCAAAGUGUAAUUAAUAACUUCACCAUGCUCAAAGGGAUAUUCAAUGUCUGCUUUUUAUUUAUAGCCAUCUACCAAUAGGUGCCCUUCUUUGCGAGGCAUUGGAAAACCUCCCUGGUCUUUGUGGUUGAAUCUGUAUUUGAAAUUCACGUCUGAGGGACCUUACAGAUAAUUGUAUGUGUGGGGUACAGAGAUGAGGUAGUCAUUAAACAAUCAUGUUAAGCACUAUUAUUGCACACAGAGUGAGUCUAUGCAACUUAUUAUGUGACUUGUUUAGCACAUUUUUACUCCUGAACUUAUUUAGGCUUGCCAUAACAAAGGGAUUGAAUACUUAUUGACUCAAGACAUUUCAGCUUUUCAUUUUUAAUACAUUUGUAAAAAUGUCAAAGAGCAUCAUUCCACUUUGACAUUAUGGGGUAUUGUGUGUAGGCCAGUGACACAAAAUCUCAAUUUAAUCCAUUUUAAAUUCAGGCUGUAACACAACAACAUGUGGGAAAAGUCAAGGGGUGUGAAUAAUUUCUGAAGGCACUCCUCUUAUUUCAUCUCAGUUGACCUGACCAGACAUAACAAAAACAUAUAGGAAAGCAGACAGAGUAAACCUGGAAGCUGAUAGGUUUAUUUUAUUACCCUGACUGUCCAGUUUAGCAGUGACAUUUGACUGUAGAAAAUGACAUAUUCAGUAUAUCAGAAGUUCUGGAUUAUUUACACAGACACACACACACACUCUCUCUCUCACACUCUCUCACACACACACACUCUCUCUCACACACACACACACACACACACACACACACACACACACACACACACACACACACACACACACACACACACACACAGAGAGAGAGACACACACACAAUAAACAUACACUGAGCUUACAAAACAUUAGGAACACCUUCCUAAUAUUGAAUCGUACCCCAUUCUGCCCUCAGAACAGCCUCAAUUCGUCAGGGCAUGGAUUCUACAUGGUGUCGAAAGCAUUCCACAGGGAUGCUGGCCCAUGUUGACUCCAAUGCUUCCCACAGUUGUGUCAAGUUGGCUGGACGUCCUUUGGGUGGUGGACCAUUCUUGAUACACACGGGAAACUGUUGAGUGUGAAAAACCCAGCAGCGUUGCAGUUCUUGACAUACUCAAACCGGUGCGCCUGGCACCUACUACCAUACCCCGUUCAAAGGCACUUAAAUCUUUUGUCUUGCCCAUUCACCCUCUGAAUGCCAAACAUACACAAUCCAUGUCUCAAUUGUCUCAAGGCUUAAAAAUCUCCUCCCCUUCAUCUACACUGAUUUAAGUGGAUUUAACAAGUGACAUCAAUAAGGGAUCAUAGUUUUCACCUUGAUUCACCUCUUCAGUAUAUGUCAUGGAAACAGCAGGUGUUCCUAAUGUUUUGUUCACUCAGUGUAAUUAUGUUCUGUAUUAAACAUUAAUAGAAUACAAUCUCACCUGAACCUCCAACAGAUAAUACAUGUCUACAAAAUGUCCCCUGAUGGCAGACAUGAGGUUAGGUUGGCCAGUGGUGGUUUGCACCGUACUACUCUUCUCUCAGACAUAUUUAAUUUGAGUUGAAGACCUUUUUUCAGAGGGUCUGAAACUACUAGAACUGGGAACAUUUGUGUUCUCACUCUAUGAACAUGUAUAACCCAUAGUAUAGUUUUAGCUUGAUAUAUUUGUUACUUCUCUAAUAGUGCAACUUUCAAUGAACCACUGCAUUAUAUUCAGAGGCUAAACUUUGCAAUCCACCAGCACUUCAGCAGCAUUUCGGGAAGUUGAACCAUAUAGUUUUAUGUUGCAGGGAUGCUAGACUAAAGUCUUGCGGAACGUCGAAAGCCAAAACUAAAACACAUGCAUCUUUGUCUUCAUAUUUAACUCUGUAUAAUUGUUGUACAUUCUCAAAUUUGAUCAGUAAUACAUUUUAUCUAUUUAUUUCCACUCAACUUUCAUUGUAAUACAUGUGUUAAAUAUAUAAUAUGAAUCAUGCCUGUUUCAAAAUCAAUGUAUCCUCUAAUUCAGCAUUUAUACAUAUUUAUUAAAUUCAUAAUGGCUCAUUCAUUAAAUCUAUUACAAAGUGUUACCUAAAAUAAUGUAAAAAUAAAUCCCUCCAACCGAACAGUAUAAUCUGUGUUAUUCCAUUAGGAUUUAGAAGAGGUUAGAAGGAGAGUAAGCACUGUGGUACAGCUGUAGUGCUCUAACUUAUUGUUUCUUUAUGAUACCUACAGCUCUCCCCCAACUAUGGAAACAGAGGCCACUGAUGGAUACUCUGCAAGUAGGUCAACUCUUCAUUCACUCUCUAACCAACAUAAUAUUGACAUGUAACUCUUAAAAGUCUUUAAAAGGUUUGUGACAUCGUGUUUUAAGUUGCGCAUGCUGGAUGUGUCCCUUAUUCGCCAUUUUAUUUUUUAUGUUUUUUAUGUGUUUUUAUGGUCUUUCUAAUCAAUUUUCCACAUUUGGAGGCCCUUUUGUCAUCAUUUUGGUUAUAAUCCAACUGGAACUAGUAUUUAGUCCAGUCUCCUCUCUCCUUUAUGGUUGUUUCUGAGAGUUAUUGAUUCCUAAAUUGAUUUUAUGCUAAAGCAAUCAGACAUUUGAGGAUGUCAUGAUGUCGUGAUGUUUUGCACAGCUGUGUUAUGGUCAAAGGUACGGGCAAUCAGACAUUUGAGGAUGUCAUGAUGUCGUGAUGUUUUGCACAGCUGUGUUAUGGUCAAAGGUACGGGACAAGGCUGAGGCCACACAUUUUUUAAACUAAUACAGUUGACUCUCAUACAGAUAUGAAAGUGGAUGCAAGGAUAGGGGAACGUGUUCCACGCAGCUGAGAUGAGGAAGCCAUUCUGCUUUACUAAUCCGAUAAGAGGAGAGAGACACGAGCUGCAUGUGUUCUGAUCCUGUAAAAGGGCCAACUACUUCUUGGCUCUCCUAGAGAUGUCUUAUCAGUAGGGUGGUGCUGUACCAGGUACAGUGGUACUUCCCUCCUCUUUCUCCCCUCCACAGAUUCCCUCUGAUAGAACACAUUGAUAAUCUGGAGUUUGACAACUCCUUGUUGCAGGUGUUGAAAAUAGUUUUGGGAUGAGUUGAACAAAAUAUGAAUGUUAUAGUGUGAAGGAAAAAAGUAUGGUACAGUGAGGAUAUAGUGUGAAGGGAAAAGUAGGAUGAAGUAGGAUAUAGCCAUUAUAGCGCCCUCUGCUUUUAUUUACAUCGCUGAAACACAUCUGUUUUGAUUCAUGUUUGAAGCAUACUGCCAUAACUCCUCUAAAAUGUUAAAGGAAAUCUGAUGAAUGAGAUCUCUAUCUCUUACAGUGUGGAGGGAUGGUCUGGAGGUUGAGGGUUUGACUGGAAAAACCAGAUCCUUGCUCCUGCCUGUGCUGCCUGUGUGUUUCCAACAAGCCACAAUGGCGAUACUUUCAGGGAAAUAAUCCUGCACAGUUUCAAACCUCUUGUUUUAAAUUGAAGUCGUUCCAGUUUAUCUGGCUCAUUAAAGUGCUCCCCACUUGUAAAGUACGGUAUACAUUUAACCAGCCGACCACAUUUCGCUGAUAAUUUGAUGCAACACGUUUUCAACUCACUUAUAAAACGUCCUACAGAAGCCAACAUGUAUAUCAUGGCUUGUUCUCUCUUUGCCAUUUUCAUAAAUGUUAUUUUCCUUUUGACCACGCCACCUACACAUGGAACGAUCCAUAUCUGAUGCGUUACACACAUCGUCUUCCUCCAGUUAAGCCUCCCCUGUCUAUACAAGUCAUCUGGGUCUGAUGCACAGACAUUUUGUGGUGGUUCAUACAGUAUUGAGUCAGCUAAUGAAUGGUGCCAAUCAAAGCUCAGAUUUUGACUCAGCAGACUGUGCGUGUGUGUGUGUGUUUUGUAUGUGUUGUCAGCCCCACACUCCUCAAUCUGGCCCACGGGUUCCAGCAUGCAUCACUUCGGGAGCAGCGAGCAGCAAUUUUAAGUAUUGUAUGAGGAAUAGCAGAUGAUGAACAAGUUUGAGCUAAAUGCCAUUAAGGUUUUCAAUAAUAAUUGCAAAUACAUGAAACAUAGGACCAUCAACAUUCAGGUGCUACUAGUACACACCAUCUAUGAGCCACACUACUGUGCCUUUACCUAACCUGAUCGACCACACAGAGCCGUCAUGGCAUCAACACAACACAGUAAUGGAAAAUCCUGUCGUAUCCUGUCAUAGAGCGACUCCUGUCUCUACGACAGACAGCACUGCCAAGGGAUAGCCGCCCGUCGGUCACCUGAGAUUUCCUCCAACCCCACCAUGGCGUGCAACCUGACACCAGACCCAGGGAUUGUGGCAUCAUGGUCAUGGACCGCGACUCCCAGAGUGCCUCACUCAGCAGCAGCCAAUCACAACAAUGGAACACUAGUCUACCACAUAAAAUACUAGCAUUUUGUUUUAGUCUCCAUGGGGGAAGCAUUUACGAAGAUUAACUGUUGGACUGAGGUGGCCAUUCUCUCUAUGACAUCUCCGGUACUUUCCUGUAAAAUGUGCUAGCUGGUAAAGUGUUAUCUUUUCUGUGGUCUGGCUCCUGUGGGAUUUGACACCUGGGUCAGUGGAGGUGCUGCUGUUUUGGCUGAGAGGCUCCCAUGGGGUCAGGCUGUAUAAGGGAUUGGACAGUGCUCCCUUUGAGUGGACAGGACAGCUAUCUUAUAGCCUUACCCGUGUGUCAGGAAGGGUGCUGAGAGGAUGCAACCUGAUCUGGAAGUCUUGUUGAGGAACUAGCAACGAGUUGCAAAGAUCAGUGUGGCACUGUGUUAGAUUAGGGACUUACACAGCAAAUGGGCCAGUGUUACCUAGUGUUGAUUUUUCAGUGUUGAUUCAGGUGUUAAAAUGAACUCUGUUAGUGUUAAAGUAAUGCUCAGUGGUCUAAAACAACCCCAGUGUUGGUGUUAAUAACCAGAGUUGAGUGUGAGAGUGUGAUUGUGUCAAUUUUACUCUGUGGAAAGUAAAACAUUCCCAUCAAAACCAUGCAGAGGUGGCACCACAGUUCCCAGAGUGGUGUGGCAAAAAGAAAUCUGUUGUAAAAAGGUUUACUAUGGGCUAUGAUGGGACGAGAGGUUUUCUAAUCAGGUCACAUGGUUUAAAAAAACUGCUGGAAAGACCUGUCCUUGGGGAGGAGGAAAACCCUGUCAAACUGCAGGAACCUUGUACAGUGAGGGAAAAAAAGUAUUUGAUCCCCUGCUGAUUUUGUACGUUUGCCCACUGACAAAGACAUGAUCAGUCUGUAAUUUUAAUGGUAGGUUUAUUUGAACAGUGAGAGACAGAAUAACAACAAAGAAAUCCAGAAAAACGCAUGUCAAAAAUGUUAUAAAUUGAUUUGCAUUUUAAUGAGGGAAAUAAGUAUUUGACCCCUCUGCAAAACAUUACUUAGUAUUUGGUGGCAAAACCCUUGGCAAUCACAGAGGUCAGACGUUUCUUGUAGUUGGCCACCAGGUUUGCACACAUCUCAGGAGGGAUUUUGUCCCACUCCUCUUUGCAGAUCUUCUCCAAGUUAUUAAGGUUUCGAGGCUGACGUUUGGCAACUCGAACCUUCAGCUCCCUCCACAAAUCUUCUAUGGGAUUAAGGUCUGGAGACUGGCUAGGCCACUCCAGGACCUUAAUGUGCUUCUUCUUGAGCCACUCCUUUGUUGCCUUAGCCGUGUGUUUUGGGUCAUUGUCAUGCUGGAAUAUCCAUCCACGACCCAUUUUCAAUGCCCUGGCUGAGGGAAGGAAGUUCUUACCCAAGAUUUGAUGGUACCUGGCCCCGUCCAUCGUCCCUUUGAUGCGGUGAAGUUGUCCUGUCCCCUUAGCAGAAAAACACCCCCAAAGCAUAAUGUUUCCACCUCCAUGUUUGACGGUGGGGAUGGAUUGUUUUCUUGGUGACUAUGGUCCCAGCUGCCUUGAGAUCAUUGACAAGAUCCUCCCGUGUAGUUCUGGGCUGAUUCCUCACCGCUCUCAUGAUCAUUGCAACUCCACAAGGUGAGAUCUUGCAUGGAGCCCCAGGCCGAGGGAGAUUGACAGUUAUUUUGUGUUUCUUCCAUUUGCGAAUAAUCGCACCAACUGUUGUCACCUUCUCACCAAGCUGCUUGGAGAUGGUCUUGUAGCCCAUUCCAGCCUUGUGUAUGUCUACAAUCUUGUCCCUGACAUCCUUGGAGAUCUCUUUGGUCUUGGCCAUGGUGGAGAGUUUGGAAUCUGAUUGAUUGAUUGCUUCUGUGGACAGGUGUCUUUUAUACAGGUAACAAGCUGAGAUUAGGAGCACUCUCUUUAAGAGUGUGCUCUUAAUCUCAGAUCGUUACCUGUAUAAAAGACCUGGGAGCCAGAAUCUUUCUGAUUGAGAGGGGGUCAAAUACUUAUUUCCCUCAUUAAAAUGCAAAUCAAUUUAUAACAUUUUUGACAUGUGUUUUUCUGGAUUUUGUUGUUGUUAUUUUGUCUCUCACUUUUCAAAUAAACCUACCAUUAAAAUUAUAGACUGAUACUUUCUUUGUCAGUGGGCAAACAUACUAAAUCAGCAGGGGAUCAAAUACUUUUUUCCCUCACUGUACUUGUUCAUAUUAAUUAUGUUUAAAAAAAGGUUCAAAUAUAAACCAAAUUUGAUCCCAUUCACCUUUUUUCACAAACAAAUGGGCUAUAAAUACACAACCUUACUGCUUUGUUUACCCUGGCCAGUGGCACAGGGCGUAUAGUAGGCUAGACUAUGCAGCUGCUGUUGUUAGUAGCCUGCAGUUGAUCAGACUGAAAAAUAGUAUUGUUUCAAUGCAAUACAGCAUGUCAGAUCACUAAUGUUUAGGUGUAUAGUUUUUGCUUGUGUCUGUCGAGACUGAUGUGUUAUCACGCUUGCUAAAUAAAUAGAAAGUAAUGCGCACCUUGAUCUUUGUGCCUUGUUCCUGGCCUGUGCGACCUGCAAUUUCCGUGAAAAUGAUUGGUCAAGAACCGCAAAUAGCCUGCAGCAGCACUCCAAUGUGAAGGACAGAGAAAUUUUGCGUGAGUUGACAAAUCAUGAGGCAAAUCGGUUUAUAAAACAGCAUUUUGCCCAUCUUUUUAAUGUUUUGCAUUGAUAUAUUUUAUUAAACUAAAUCAAAAGUGAUUGAAAAGUGCUGUGGCAAAUGUCACCUUGCCACAAGUUUGCCGGCGGCCUUGAAACCACGGCCAUCAUUAUAAUAUUUUCCAGCAUGCUCUCCUGCAGGUAGAUUUUUUUUAGGAUUGUUUUUAUUGAUUUAUUUAUUAUGCUACACAAAGAUAAAUUACAUUUGUCUAAACUAAUCCAAUCAGUUAGUUAGAUUUAUAGCACCCAUUACUGAAAUGGUUGUUCCAGUUUAAAUGGUUUAGGUAGUCUCCUUUAUUGAAUUUUCUAUUUUCUAUCCCCCCAUUUUAGGGGACCAAAAGUAUUGGGACAAAUUCACUUACUGUAUGUGUAUUAAAGUAGUACAAAGUUAAGUAUUUGGUCCCAGUAUUUGGAUAAUCCUGAAUAAAUCAUGAAUAAAGAUGAGUGAGACAUUUAUGAUCAAAUUUGAUCAAUGUAGAUGAAAAAGUUAUUUUUCAUUCUUUGGUCAUCAUACUUUGAUCUGGUUUCAUCCAAAUAUCAUCGAUUUUCAGGAAAAACAUGAUUUUGACUGUUCAUGACCUUUAACACAAUGCUCACUUAACCCAGAAGUCUGCCGUACCAAUAUGUCGGAGGAAACACUGUUCAAUUGACUAGCGAAGUCAGCUUGCAGGCACCCGACCCGCCACAAGGAGUCGCUAGAUGAGCCAAGGAAACCCCCCCGACCAAAACCAGACGGUGCAGGGCCAGUUGUGUGCUGCUCUAUGGCGCGCCCGGUUACGGAUCAAACCCCAGGCUGUAGUGGCGCCUCAGCAUUUCGAUGCAGUGCCUUAGACCGCUGCGCCACUCGGGAGGCCCAGCACCUUGUUAAUUUAACACUGAAAAGUGGACCCACGUAUACACACUGGCCCAGUGUUAAAUGUAACACUGUCAGUGUUGAUUCAACAUUGGAAAAUUUGCUGUUUAGGAUCCGGAACAGGGUAUCAUAAAAAUAGCCAUAUUGACACUGGAAUAAAUCUUAAGAUUAUCCCCAGGUAAUCAGGCGUUUAGUCACUAUUUUGGCAAGGUAUGAUUGCUUCAACUGACACCUAUCAAAUUCAAUGUGUGUGUGUAAGUGACUGUGUGUGUGUGUGUGUGUGUGUGACACUGUUUGUACAGAUGGAGUCGUAUGUACAGUAUGUAUGUGUGUUGUGCAGUGCAAUGCAAUGCAAUGCAGAGCGAUGUUCCCAGCUCUCUUGUUGUCUGUCUUUCUCCCAGGUAACGGAGACUGCUCUCCCAGGAAGACAGAGAACUCUAGAAUGUUGGUGGACCUGUCGGGAAACACACCCAAAGGACAGCAGCUCCAGCAUCCUAAUUCACCCACUGGUGAGUGGUUACUGAACAUAUGCGUGCACACAAACACAAACACACACACAUAUGCAUGGACGCAUGUAUGCACAGAUGAACACACACAAGAGGAUUAUGUGUGUUAAGAGAAACAGUUUAUUUUAUCAACUCAUGUCUUAACUGAAGGGUCUUGCAUAGUUCCCUUCCCCUAAAUGAACAGAAACAGGAAGACCUGAGGGUGCCAUUCUUCUGAUUGGCUUUAGACAUGUCACCAUGAGGUAGCUGAAGCAGAAAAGGGAAGCUGUUUCCCGCAGCAUCCCCCAGUAUUAGUACUCUGGUCCCAGAUCUGUUUAAGCUGGCUUGCCAACUCCUAUGGUCAUUCAUACUUAAUAGGAGUCGGCAAGACCACACAAACAGAUUUGGGUUUCAGGCUACAGUGUUAAAGAGGGAGAGAGUCUCAGAGGGAGAUAGUUCUCACAGACUACUGUGUUAAAGAGGGAGAUUGACUCAGAGGGAGAUAGUUCUCACAGAUACAGCCUGUGUCAUCCUGACCCGGAAGUUGCCUAACACCACUCCACUUCGACACCCAUUGUUGUAACAUAACACUGACUGACGCUGAAUUUCUUGUGUCACUGUACAAAACUACAAAACAUGUUUUGCUAUAUGUUUACAAUCAAACUAUUAGUAAGGUAGAGCAUUUUAACUACAUUUUUCGUUCACUUCAGCUAAAUACCGAUACAGCAUAACUAGCAAAACUAUGAGGGUAAUGUCAAUUAUGAGGGUAAUGUAAACUAUGUGGGUAUUGUAAACUAUGAGGGUAAUGUAAACGAUGAGGGUAAUGUAAACUAUGAGGUGUUCAAUACACAGCCAGGUAUGGGUGGGACAGGCUACCGAGCUCAGAUUUGCUUAUGAUGGCACUUUUCUAUUAGCUUGGAUACCUAAUUUCUCCUCCUUGGUAACAUGACCCAUGCUUUGGGAAUUUCUUUCUUUAUAUUUUAUUCAUCUGGGUUCUAUAAUAAACUGUUGUCGCAGCAACCAUCUCAAGUUCAGCCAGCUGCGACAACAGAGAGCAGAGCAGAGAGCUCAUCCUUUGUAUAUCCCACCUCCCGUACCCCUCGUCUGGGAGGAAAAUAUGAAAACCAAUAGAGCUCGUCACGAUCUGCUAGUUCCAUGUUGCCAGGAUACACUUCUGGAUGAUAACCUCAAUGUCAUGCUGUUAGUAAAAGAGGGUCUCCUUCAGUUCAGACAGGGAUAUAGAUAGAAGGGGGAAUAUUGCUAAAGAAAAGACUACAAUGUUGUUGCAGAGAUUGCCAUGUCAUUGCUGACAAUAGCAGGAGUCCUGAAUUGUAUUUGUCCUAUGUUGUGAGACAGAUGGAUGUUAUCAACCCUAUAGCAAUCACCACAGUGGACAUUGCUGUCAUCCUUAAAGCAAUCACCCCACACACUCCACUUGUGUUUAUGGAGUCUAGGAGCCUGAUGGGACAUGGGUAUGAGAUGGAUAUGGAUGUGAGAGGUUUGGGGCUAUUGCUCCGUCUCCUUGCAUACCCACCCUGUGAUCAUGGUCAGUCACAAAUCACAAACAGCUUUGUCUAGAUGUUUGACACUGGGUUUACGGAUCAGGUUUUCCUGACUGCAGCAGAGGAAUGCAAGGAGUCACCUUCUGCUCAUGUUCAACCUUAAAGGUCCCUGUAGCCUAUGUUCAACCAUAAAUGUCCCUGUAGCCUAUGUUCAACCUUAAAGGUCCCUGUGUGCAAACAAAUGCAUUGUGUGGAAGAGCACAAUCUCUGAAUCUCUUAAUAUUAUUAUAUGGCUACGUGUGUGUGUGUGUGUGUGUGUUGUCAGUCACAGAUACUAGGAGUCCUGUGGCAGUAGAAAACCUUCCUGCCUUUAGUCAGUCAGCCAUCCCCCGCCCCGCCCCCAUCCCAUCCAUCCAGCCAGUCUCUAACCCAGCAGCAGUCAAGUGGAAAACCUCAGGGGCUCAGCAGCAGCACCUGUUUAGGCUAGGACAUUCCCCUCCCCUUCAUCCUUCCUCCCUCCCUCCUCUCCUCCCCAGGGACUGACUGGAAUUAGACAAGCCUGUUUCUCAUCUCUCCCUCCACGAAUCGCUAAUGUUCAGAGCAUGCCACGUCACUACACACAGUCCAUUCCUGAGAGUAACCAAGUGUAUCUCUACAUAACAUGUUUACUGUGUGCAUUCCCGGAGUAUCAGGUUUAAAAAUAGCAGUUAUAAUUGCUUACAAUUAAAAUAGUGUAAUUGUUAGUCAGAUGUGGAGAGUCCCUGUCUCAGGGGGUUUAGCAUGAACUUUGCUAAUACUGUGAGUAUCAUUAUAUCACUUGUUUCUCCAGGGGAAAUUACAUGCAGAUUGUAUGACCUUAUUCCUAUCAAUGGAGGUAGUCAAAGAGAAACAGAUUUACAAGAUGUACAGUCCCAACCUACAGUUCCCACACCUAUUGAGUAAAAAGGAUCACCCACAAAAAUAAUCGCAUGUAAUUGGCCAAAAACCAUUAAACAGUAAUUUGAUUGGUCAUACCGGUCUCUUCUAGAAAACACAGUCAAACAGGAAGAUGAGACAGAAGAUGAAGGGGACAGGAGGACCACAGCAGAGGACAUGGGCCAAAGCGGGGAAGAGGGAUCAGGAUUGGAGGAGCCCAUGAUUGACAGCCCAAACAACCUACAGGAUGGGGUCCCUGGGUCAGAAGGUUCAUGUGACCCAGGAACUCAGCUGCCCAAUGGUAAAUGUUUCUCUAAAGUUGUUUCCCCUUAUGUCCCUUCUACAGUAUAUAGCCUAAACCUCAUGUACGUUAUAUUGAACACCAAUGACACAAUAUUCUCUGAUGUAUCUAAGGAUUGUCAAUGUUUUACCAUUAACAUCUAACAAACUGCAAAAACCUGUUAGUUAUAUGUUAAUAAAUAACGGAUAAAGGAUACUUCACGUUGUAACUCCGUAUGAGAUAUGUAUUUUACAGACUAAAGCAAUUGCACGUCUCUUAUCCUACGAUUGAAAAAUAUAUAUAAUACGUGAGUCAGAACAUGCUUAUUUUUGUGUCAUUGGGUGUGGAGGUGGAAAGCUUUGCUGUGUUCUAGAAGACAAUUGUUGAGCCAGGGAAAACAUCCCAGGAAUCCUCCUCAACCUGUUCCCUUAACUGACGUUAUUACUGUGCCUCGGUCUUCAUAGAUUUAGGAUCAGAUUUUCUAAAGUUGGGCUGCAGAUCAAGAGAUGAUCAUCAUGAUGAUGAUGAGAUUGCUGUAGUCUAGUUGUGAACCAGGCAAACUACGUACAUAGAUUCAUACAAACAAACACUCACCAAUGGUAAAGCUGGGCACUAAACGUGUACAGCACAUUUAGCAAUGCAAGACUAUAAGACACAACAUAAGACUCCCUAAACCGUCUUCUGUCUGAAGACACUUUGACAGCAACGCUUAAACAUAAUACUUUAACUUAUAGAUAUGGUGGUGUGUGUGUGUGUGUGUGUGCGUGUGUGUGUGAUUGUACCACCUAUAACCAUACAUCGGGCCUGGUUAGGGAUGGAAACAUUGUAUUUAUGCCCCUGCUGUACUGUGUGGUGAUAGAAAGAGCAAAAGCUAUAGUAGACACGCAGAGCGAAUAGGACCAGAGCUAUUAGGAUUGAGAUCUAACACCUCAUCUCACCACACUCUAUUUCUGGAGAUAUAAAUAUCUCUGUAGUUACAACAGUAGGUUCUAGUUCAAAUGUAUCACUAGUACACAGUGCACAUCAGAAACCACCCGGUAGUGUUUUUCUCUGCACUGAAAAUCCUCCUUGAAAUAAUAUUGGCAACAUUUCUUAGUCUCAGCUAGGGUUUGCUGAAUUGAGCCUGAGGACGAGGUUAGCAAUUGACGAGGUUAGGAUUUGUUCACCUCCACAGUCCAGCCAUGUAUAGGUCCUAUGUAGCUGGUAGAGCAUGGCGCUUGCAACGCCAGGGUUGUGGGUUUGAUUCCCGUUAGGGGACCGGUACGAAACCCCCUCCCAAAUUAUGACAAUGUAUGCACUCCCUAUUGUAAGUUGCUCUGGAUUAGAGUGUCUGCUAAAUGACGUAAAUAUUUUACUGUUGCAAUGUGUUGAUUGUUGCUGUAAACCUCAAUUUCUGUCUUAAGUUUGUUCGGUCCAAUAUCCCAGUGAAAAUGAGACUUGGAAGUGUGGCAACUCAAGACUAGGUAGCUGGGGCGCUGUGGUUAUUGUGUGUUGCUGAUCUGGCUCUAUGUAAAAGGGGGACUGUGAGUGAUGAGAGCCUGCACUUCCUGUGCCCCUUCAAGGAAUAGGCCCUUCCAGUGUAACACUUCCUGUGCACCUCUCAACUGAUAGGCCGUUCCAGUGUAACACUUCCUGUACCCCUCUCAGCUGAUAGACCGUUCCAGUGUAACACUUCCUGUGUCCCUCUCAGGUGAUAGGCCGUUCCAGUGUAACCAGUGUGGCGUGUCGUUCACUCAGAAGGGCAACCUGUUGAGACACAUUAAGCUGCACACAGGGGAGAAGCCCUUCAAAUGUCCGUUCUGCAGCUACGCCUGCCGCCGUCGUGACGCACUCACAGGCCACCUACGCACACACUCAGGUCAGCCUCUCUGCCCCCUCUCUUCUUCUUUCAUUUCUUCCUUCUCUUUUUUUUCUUGUUCUUGUCCUCUUCUUCCUCCUCAUCUUCCUCUUCCUCCUCAUCUUUGUGACUCAUUAACUCACCUAUAUCCUCGGUCUUGAGUCAUGCUUGCUUUAACUUUUUUAUUCCUGUGGUUACUCCUGAGUAUUAUAUCCUGGUUUCAAUAACUUCUCAACAUCUCAAAUAGUCAGACUAUGUUGAUGCUAUAGAACUGUCUCGAUGUAACUAAAAGCAUGAUCUGGUCUGACCUGUGUCUAAGUUUGUUUGAGACAGAUUAGCAACAGUCCCCAUAAAUAUCUAACCCUGACAGGGUUUCUCUUUGUUGGAUGGAUGCAUCUCUGAAGCUUUUUUUGCAGACACAAGGGCUGUGGUUAGGCACCCAGGACAUGCUGUCUCCUCAGAAAGGAACUUUCUGUUCUCUGUAGAUAUAUGGGGAGACCAGAGAAAUGCUGUGCUGUGUUGCUCUAGCUGUAACCCACUUUCCUAUCUCUGCAUCAAAGACUUCUCUCUCUGUGUUCUCCCCAGCCUUGUGUUUGAGAUACAGGACAGACAACAGUACCACGUCAUCUCUAGUGUUGUCCUCCUAGAAGUACUCAAAUGCAGCUACCCAGCACCAGAGGGUCAUUCUCUCUGUCGCUUGUCUGUGUUUCUCUCUGUCUCGUUCAUUCUCUUUUGACCUUUUUCUUAUUUUCACUUCCUGUUUUUUUAGGCUAAAUUAAUUAUUCACUCUCCUCUAGUCAGUGUAGGCGGCAAAUGAAGGUGUAGUAUGUAGUAGUACUGUAUGAAUCCCCUCUGCCCCUCAGCCUACCUACUGUAUGAAUCCCCUCUGCCCCUCAGCCUACCUACUGUAUGAAUCCCCUCUGCCCCUCAGCCUACCUACUGUAUGAAUCCCCUCUGCCCCUCAGCCUACCUAAUGUAUGAAUCCCCUCUGCCCCUCAGCCUACCUACUGUAUGAAUCCCCUCUGCCACUCAGCCUACCUACCUGUUUUUUUAGGCUAAAUUAAUUAUUCACUCUCCUCUAGUCAGUGUAGGCGGCAAAUGAAGGUGUAGUAUGUAGUAGUACUGUAUGAAUCCCCUCUGCCCCUCAGCCUACCUACUGUAUGAAUCCCCUCUGCCCCUCAGCCUACCUACUGUAUGAAUCCCCUCUGCCCCUCAGCCUACCUACUGUAUGAAUCCCCUCUGCCCCUCAACCUACCUACUGUAUGAAUCCUCUCUGCCCCUCAGCCUACCUACUGUAUGAAUCCCCUCUGCCCCUCAACCUACCUACUGUAUGAAUCCCCUCUGCCCCUCAGCCUACCUACUGUAUGAAUCCCCUCUGCCCCUCAACCUACCUACUGUAUGAAUCCCCUCUGCCCCUCAGCCUACCUACUGUAUGAAUCCCCUCUGCCCCUCAACCUACCUACUGUAUGAAUCCCCUCUGCCCCUCAGCCUACCUACUGUAUGAAUCCCCUCUGCCCCUCAACCUGCCUACUACUCUACCUGAGCGUUGAAUGGAAUGUUAGGCACUCUUCUGUGGCAUAGGGAGUAGGUUGGCAUGACGUUCUCUUAUGAACAAGGCUGUAGUUGAAAGGGCUCUUCUCCUUUCUCCUCGCUCUCUCUCUGUCCCUCCCUGCCUCCUGGGAGACACAUGACACAAUGCCAGGAAACAGGUGAAGAAAUUGAGAGGGGAGAGAGACAGAGAAACAGAGAGAGAUACGGUGACAGGUGAAUGCUUUGAUGUAUUGUACAAUCCGAAGAGUAAGACAAGAGUCUAUUUUCCCUGUCACAGUGAAGUCACAGAUUGGCACUGCAUGGAUUGUGUUUACAGAAUCUGAACCCAUCACAAACACAUUGUUAAAUGACAAUAUCUAAUAAUUCCUAGAAUUGCUGUACAAAUGUGGUGUGCAUGUGAUUGGUUGUUCUUGGAAGUAUUUUAGAUGCUACAUUGAGAGCUAUGGGGUCACUCAUUUUUUACAUUACAUGAGACAAUAAAAGGUUUCUGAGACAAGAUUCAAUAGGUUCCUGUUUAUCACCCAAAUAGAUGCAGCCGACAGAGUCUAAAGGCUGAGAGGGUUGAGGCUAUUUGCAUGUUCAAGAAUAGCUGCUGAAAGCGGGAUUUGGUGAUACAUCCAACAUCUGCAAAAGGCCAUGUGGGGGAGGUUUUGUAAAUGAGUAGGUUGUGUGGUUGUGUGUGUGUGUGUGUUGCCUAUUCCAAAAUGAAAGUGUGACUGCCCAUUGCGGCUGGCUACAGUUAGCAGGUGCUUUGGCUUAGAUAAUUGGAGCCGACAGACAGCUCAGGCUGUUUUACCAUUACAGUGACAUUAUACUACUUUUGAUGUGGAGAGACUCAUAAGUAGAAUAUACCAAGCAUACUGUAAUGAUGAUCAUGACCUGUAAAUUACACGAUGAUACCAUUGCUAGUACUCCACUUUAAUGUUGAAACUAUCAUUGUCUUGUCAUUGUGUGUUACUCAAAGGUUACCCAUACACUAAACCAAUUGGCAUUCACAGACAACAAAAUUACUGAAAGACAGGUAACCUAUAGAGUAAUUGUUCCAUAAUCAAGUUUUUGAGAUCUGCUUCAAUAAACGUAAACCAGCUCUCUCUCACACACUCACCAAUAUUUGCAAAGAUCAAUCAAUUUUCAUAGACUUUGUGAAAUGUUACCCAAGUGUAUCUCUGUCUUACUUCCUUUGUAGCUCAGUUGGUAGAGCAUGGCACUUGUAAUGCCAGGGUAGUGGGUUUGAUACCCAUAAGUAAAAUGUAUUCACGCAUGACUGUAAGUCGCUUUAGAUAAAAGUGUCUGCUAAAUAGCAUGAAUCACUUCCCACCUCCAGCUGCUGAGAAGAAACACGCAUUGUUUAGGUCUAACAUUGGAGUUACUUUCUUCCCACUAAGGGAUGCAGAACACAUUGACUGGCUCUGUACUAGGCCUACAAGCCCAUUGAAUUAUGCCCCAUAGUAGUAAACAGAUAGUAGUAGUAAACCAGUUGGCGCCUGGAAGAUUUGUAACAGUUGUUCCAUGGGAAACGUCUGUAUUCGAGUUUCUGGUUUGUGUGAGGGAUCCCACUAGUUGUGGAGCAUCAUUACUCCAUAGCUCAUCAUAGCCCUCCUCUAUUUUCUGUGUUCUCCAUGGGUUCUGUGUGUUUACUACAACCUCCUAGAGUAGUAUUUCCCAACUCCAGUCCUCCAGUACCUCCAACAGCACACAUUUUUGUUGUAGCCCCGGACAAGUUCACCUGAUUCAACUCAUUGAGGGCUUGAUGAUUAGUUGACAAGUUGAAUCAGGUGUGCUUGACCAGGGUUACAACCAAAAGGUGUACUCUUGGGCGUAAUCGAGGACUGGAGUUGGGAAACACUGUCCUAGAGAGUUCACAUAGACUCUGUUAGCCACAGGUUCUUUGCGUUUACAACAACCUCCUAGAGAGUUCACAUAGAUUUGCGUCGCCACAAAAAGGCUUUGGACUAUUCCCACUCUCUCUCUGUCCGUCCAUCUGUCAAUUAAAUUAAUAUUUUUUUAUUUUGAUGUAAUUUCUCUUGUUUAGUGGGCAAACCACACAAGUGCAACUACUGUGGGCGGAGCUACAAACAGAGGAUUUCAUUGGAGGAGCAUAAAGAGCGUUGCCAUAACUACCUUCAGAGUGUUGCCAUGGAUCCCACCUCCAACACCGGGCCUUAUCCAGGUGAGUGUCCUGCUAUACGGUACAGCACUGUUGAUGGCAUAGAUGCGGAAACGUCUGCUUUCUGUUUGCCACUUUUCCGCACCUUGCACUUGCUGUUUUUAUAGUUGAUCAUUCAAGCAUGAAGUUCAAUUGAAGACCAUUUUUGUUUCUCUGUCUCCUUAUUGUGGAGUAAGUGCGAGUACCCUGUGAACUCUACUUAGUUAUUUUACAUUUAUAAACCAGCCACCUACUACCUACAAGCCUUGGUGCAGACCUUCAUUCUGCUUUUCUACACACACACACACACACACACACACACACACACACACACACACACACACACACACACUCCUCUGACCUCUGACCCCUAGGUGAGGUCCCUAAAGAGCAGAGGCCCCUGGCCGAGGCUGUUACCAUGGCAACCUUCGACCGCCCACCCGUCAUCGAGAGACUGCAGAGUAACAUGGGGAAGAGGAAGAGCACCACCCCACAGAAGUUUGUGGGUAAGAAUGAUCACUUCCUGUGGUGGAGGGCACCAUGAUAUGUUGACCCCAAGGACCACUAACUCACAAUUAUUCAUAGAAGCUUAUAUAAUUAUUGUAUUUAAAAGGACGAAACAUAAUUUGUCAUUUUUCUUUACAAUAACUAUUCAAAAUGUUUCAAUGUUUGAUAAUUAUUAAUGUGUUAUUAAAGGUAGACUCAGCAAAAUUACGUUGCCACGAGCAGCACCGGAGAUAUUGAGAUGAGCGAGUCACACACAGCAUCUGCACAUGCGCACGGCCGCUUCACGUGGUUCACAGCGUGGUUGCCAGGGCACCAAAAUAGCAGAGAAGAUGAGCCUCGCACUUCAACGCUCUUAGUUGUUACGGAAAUUGACCCACCAUACUGUUCACUUUCUGCAUCUACCUCAUAUCACUGAGUAUUUAGUGGGGUAUUUACGUAAUCUCAUUAUGUGAUUGAAUUGAACCUGUUCUGUUCUGUUUAUUUCAGUUUACAGUUUUGAUUGUUUAUGUUUUAUGUUCAGUUUGACCGAAAUGAAACAGGAUGAGUGUAUGCAUGCAAAAAAGGGAAUUGAAUUGUAUGCCUGGGCAGAGGUUUAACAACAAACAGAUGACCUUGAUUUAAUGUUAGAAAUGAACACACUAUUCACAGAUUGCAGCCUUUGGUUGGAUUGUUUUAGAUUUUCGAUUUUCUUAUCCACUGUAUUUCUCCAUUCAAUUAAAAUAAAUACUCAACCAUCAAAAACAUAUGUUUUGUAUUACGAAACAGUUGUUACAGUGUUGUAAACAUUUAGUUGGCAUGUAACUGGCAAUAAUUUUUGCAUAUUAGUGCUGAACACAAUUAUCUUGUUUGUGAGGUAUAAUUGACUGCACUAUUAGAUAGAGAAGAAGAGAUAGAGCGAGACACAGAGAGCAGAUGAGAGAGAUGAGGACAUGUUUUUCACUCUGUGGUUUUGUUACACCUGUAUCUCUGCCAUGGCUCUUAUCGAGAGAGGGGCAAAACAGUUCACCGCAUCCCUGUUCUGGAGGGGUUAAACAGUGCAUUCAGAUAGAUGGGGAUUUCCACUAUUAAACACAAAACCUCUGUGAUAACGCAAUAUGAAAAACAAGAUAAUGCUUAGCUUCUCAAAAGUGAAAAGGUUAAACUGUGACAGGCACUCAUAUUCAUAUACUAUAUAUUUACACCUGUAUGUAUUGUAUCUAGUCGCUAAACAUGGUUUCAAGAGGUGUCAUUCAACCAGACACUUUCUCUUAGUGUGAGCCCAUACAUGUGUGAGUUUCAUUGUGGUAAUAUGCCUGCUGUGCUCUGUGCAGGUGAGAAGAUGAUGCGCUACAGUUACCCAGAGCUGAGCUAUGAGAUGAGUCUGAAGUAUGAGAAGGAGGCAGAGCUGAUGCAGGCUCACAUGAUGGACCAGGCUAUCAACAACGCCAUCUCUUACCUGGGCUCUGACUCCCUGAGACCCAUGGUCCACCACCCCCACCCGCACGGUCCACACGGUCCACACGGUCCACACCCAUCCCUCACAAUGGCUGAGGUGGUACCCAUGGGCAACCCCCUCUUCCAACAUGUCUACCCCCUGGAACCAGGGCCGGGGCACCGUAUGGACCGACCACGCAGCCGGGACGCCCCACCUCAACCUUCACCUCUGCCACCUCUUCUUCCUGACUUUCCUCCCUCCUCCAACGGGCCCAACGCCCUCACCAGACCCAAGCAUCACCAUCCCCAGGGUACCAGAGAGGAGAGAGAGUGUCCUAGCAACAGUGGGCUGGACUCGGCCGAAUCCACCCGGAGCAGCCCACAGGAGAGGUUGGGUUACCACAGGAACCACAGGAACAACCCCUAUCCCCGACCCAGGUCCAGACCCAGCCCAACCAAUGGCGGCAGAGAGGAGGGGCGAGGCGGGGCUGAGGUGGGGUUGACAGCGGAGGUGGCCCGGGGAGAGGCGGCAGAGACGCCGAUGAGUCGGGACGGGGUGCGUGUGUUUGGGCGAGAGGGGCGGGAGGUGAGGGUGUUCCAGUGUGAGCACUGCUGUGUUCUCUUCCUGGACCACGUUAUGUACACCAUCCACAUGGGCUGUCAUGGUUACAGGGACCCGCUGGAGUGCAACAUCUGUGGCCACCGCAGUAAGGACCGCUACGAGUUCUCAUCUCACAUUGUCCGUGGGGAACACACCUUCCAGUAG